AUGAAAAGACAUCAAAGUGGAGCGGGAAAAAGAAAAAAAAUUUUAAAAAUCCAGGAAUUUGUUGAAAACAGUUUUAUUGAGAAUUUCAGAAAUGAUUAUGAAAAAGUUAUGACAGAAGCAACCGAUUUAUCAGGAUUACAAUCUUUUAGUGAGGAAGAUGAAGUAACUUUUAACAGAAGAAAAAGAAAUGCGUUUUUUGAUGAAAAUAAAGAAGAGUAUAAAUUUACAACUAGAGAUAAUUUUAAAAUCAAUACAUUUAAUGUCAUAUGCGAUAGUAUUAAAACACAAUUGCUACAAAGAGUUCAAAAAUAUGAGGUUGUUUUGGAACAUUUUCGUAUAUUUCUUGAUUGGAAUUUGUCAGAAGAAAAAAAACAAAAACCAUUGAAAGAAUUGAAAAAUAUUUACAGAAAUGACAUUGAUGCUUGUAAUUUGGAAGAUGAACUAAACCAUUUUUUAUUUUUUUUGAAGGAAAAUGUGGACGCCAUUAUGAAUAAGCCAGAUAAUUCAAGUAAUAACAAAGAUUUAUCCUUUGAAAGAAUGUAUAAAGCCGCUAAAAAAAUGUCAUGCACAUUUCCCAAUAUUGAAAUAUUAUUGAAUUUUUUUUAA